AUGCUGUACUGCUUUCACUCAGUCGCCGACGAGUUUGAAGAAGACGAGUUUUCUGGUAUGCUCGUAUCAGUGGAUCUGGACACCCGUGAAGUCUCCUGGAUAACGCUAGCCGAUGAGCGACUGAAGUCUUUCUUUGAUGACCCAAAUCACCCUGUCCGUCUUGUCCGAACGAUUCAUAGGAAUAACAGGGUUUGGAUGACGACGGAAAAAGCGCUUCGACAACUCGGCCAAGGUUUAUUUGAAGGAGGACAACAGGGGAUCACGGACACCAUGGUGCUGAUUGACGUCCGCGAAGACGGGAAUGCUCUGGUGCUCAAUGUCGAGAAACAUCUUGAAGGCCAUUUCCGUGAAGAUGGCGUGUCAUUUGCCGUGAUGAGUCAUUGUGGAGUACCGUCUCUACAGUCGAUAGCGAGAAGCACAGCGCUGAGAUACGUGGAAGGUCUUCGUCACAAUAAACAUCUGGCCAGAAUAAUUGGAUAUGGUCACUCCUGA